AUGGUCCAGGAAAUGCAGUUUGUUGAGCAGAGUUGGAAGUUUGUCAAGGACUCAAUUGGGCUGGUUAAAAGAUGGACCAAACAUGAUAGAAAAGAAUUCCAGAAGGUUGCCAUGGCCACAGCCAUAGAAUUUGCUAUCAUGGGAUUCAUUGAUUUCUUUGUGAAACUGAUGCACAUCCCUACUAAUAACAUUAUCGUGGGUGGCUGA